AUGUUUCCAGACUCUGGCACUCCUAAUGAAUCAGAAUAUAUCUGGGGUUUUAAUGAUACAGGUGGUUUUCCUUAUGGUUCACUAGAGCAAACAAACUAUCAUAAAUAUGUAUUUUUUGCUGUAUGUUCAGCAUUACUUGGUCUACCGUCGAAUAUACUUUUAUUAGUUAUUUUAAUGCGAAUUGGCCUAUUUAGUAAACGUCAACAUAGUUCAUCACGUCCUCAAUAUGUAAUAAUGAAACCGACAGGUUCAUUUGAAAGAUUCUUAUUUGAAGUUGUUUUUAUUGAUACACUUUUAAUAAUUUAUCAUUUUAUUGAUAAUUUUCUAAGUUAUAUACAUGGUGAACGAUCAGCUGGUCAACAUUAUCUUAUACAUGUAUCUGAUUUUUGUUGUAAAUUUUUUACUUAUAUUGCAAAAAUGAGUGUUCUUUUAACAACAUGGUUAUUAUUAUUUUUACUUAUUAAUCAACUUAUACUUUCAUUAGAACAUAAUAAUAAUCAAAAUUCAUGUUGGGAUCGUGGUUUAUAUUAUGUUAAUGCAAAAUAUUCAACUGUUUUUCUUAUAUUUAUUUUCAGUGUUUAUAAUAUUUAUCCAAUUGAAGUACUCAAGUAUCAAAAAAAAGAAGAUUUACAAGAUUAUCAGCAAGAGGAUCUUUCUGGUGUAUGUUCUACUGCGUUAGAAGGAAUAAGUAGAAGGUUGUUAAAUGCAUCAAAUUAUGGUUAUAACAUAUUGGGUGUUGCUAUUCCUUGUGUAAUAAUAUUUGUUAUAUCAAUGAUAAUUAUUUUUCGAACAUGUCGAAAUUCGAAUCAUUCCGAUAAAGAGAGUACUUCAUUUUAUUAUAUAGCUGGAACAAUUGGAAUUUUACAUUCGUUAUUUAUUUUACCAGCACGUUUUAGUGAUAUUUUAUUAUUGUCUUUAUCACCAUAUGCACCAUUUUUUACACAUUUAAUUAAAUUUAAUCAUGAAGCAUCAUCUAUUAUAUCAUUAUCAUAUGGAUAUAAAUUUUUUGUAUGUAUAUUAAUAAGUCGACGUUUUCGACGACAUGCCAAAAGUGUUGUAUGUUUUUUGAUUGAAAAUAAAUAUGAAGAUCGUCAUACAACCGAAUUUUAUAAUUCAACAACAAAUGAUUGGCAAAAUUUUUCAAAAAGAAGAAGUUAUAAAAAACGUCAUCGUCAUCAUAGAAAUGAUUCUUAUUUAACUAAAAUAUUGGCUAGUAAAUCAGUAUCAAAGAAAUUCUCACCAACAUAUAUUAAUAAAGACGAUUUUCAACGAUUUAUUACAUCGGAAAGUACAGCCUGGAUUCGACCAUAUUUUACUCAAUAUGAAAAACGUCAUAUAUUAAGACCUUGUGGUCUUGCAGCUAGUUGCCAUCAGAUAUCUACAAUAUUUCCUUCCUCAUCCCCUGUUCCUAUUAUAUCACAAGAACAAGAUCCUCCAAGUGAAAUAGAUUCUCCAUCAUCACAAAAUACAACAAAUUCAUCAUCAGCAUGUAUUAUUAAUGUCAUGUUACCGAAUGGUGAAUAUAUACAUAUACCACUACCGCAAAAGCGUGCAUCAACAAUUCGAUCUUCUUAA